AACUGUCAAAAAUAUGACACCAACAGCAACAUCAAAAUCUCAAUAAAUAUAAAAAUAAAUUUUUAAUGAUUACAUGAACUAAAAUUUUUUGUGCAAUGUUUAACUCAUCAAGACGAAGAAAAUUUACCGUCCAAACCAAUUCUGUGAGACGCAACGGAGCUCCCUCGCGGAAUGUAAAUAACUUGGCUGAACAUGAGAGUUCUGUUUCACUGACCUCAGAACUAAGUUCUAAUAAAGUCAUCGAUGUUGAAAUAAAGAAGAAGCAAUCUAACGAUAACAAAUCUAAAAGAAGCAAGAAAGAUUGCCAUUUUGUUCCCAAGAAUCAUAAUACUGUUGUUAUAGGCAAUGCUGAUGAAGAUAAUUAUUCAAGUAAAUCUUUAUCACCUUUAAGAAUACCUCUUAAAAUCAACCCACCUAAACUCUCCCAGUCUUGCACUAAAGAUACGCCAAACCAAAAGUUAAAUAAGAAUAAUAAACCUAAAACUAAUAAUAAUACAACAGAAGGACCCGCAAUAAAAUUUGAAGCAAUGACAAGAGCUACAAGUGCUACAGAUCUUGCAGAAGACAGUAAAGUGUAUGUAGAACGAGAAAUAAACACAGACAUAAAUUACACGGAUUCAUUUGACGGGAACGAGCGCCCUCGCACGGGCAGUAACCAUUCCAUUGAUGAUUUCAUGUGUCGAAUAUGCCAUGGUGGUGAUUCAGUGUUGGAGCUUGGGCGGCUGGUGUCUGCUUGUUUGUGUCGCGGCACUGUUGGCCGAGUACAUGUGAAGUGUCUGGAGCGAUGGCUGACCGAGUCGGGAAAAACGCGCUGCGAAUUAUGUGGUGCCAAGUAUUUGACGAGACGAGUGCACAAGUACGGUGUUCUGAAAGCUUUGCUCAUGUGGGUGGUGAGCCAGAACGCGAAACAGCUAAUGGUCGAUAGUAUUGGCAUCAUGUUGAUGUCUCCCCUGGCUGUGUUGGCUGCUUGGCUCUCUGGCAGGACCUUGGCUGGUCUCAUGGCACAGGACAGCCAGGUGACUCCGUGGCCACUGGCGUCCACCUUUGUGCUAGCUUGUAUGACUUUAGUGUGCUACUACUGCUGGAUCGUGUCGGCGGCCACCAGGCACGCGCUGGGCUGGUGGGUGUGGUACCGCUCACAGUACGAAGUCAAGCUGGAGCUCACUGCUGCAGAGGAACCCAUGUAACAUUGUAUUGGUGUGUAUUUACGGCAACAUGAACCCAUGUUACAUUGUUUUGGUACAUAUAGAAUAGAUUAAUUGU